CGCAUCUUAUCUGUAGCCUACAUAGUAUGGAUGCUUAGAUAACUGUUACUAUACUCAAGGCUUUUCUGCCAUCUAGUGUUUAAAAUACAUAAGUGUUCCUGGUAUUUGUUAUGCUCAAAAAUCGCGUUUGAUGAAGUGACCUUGUGUCACAAUCCUUAUGUUGAGUCAACAACCUCUGCAGGAUAUGACAGGAACACGACCGCCUUCUCUUAUUUGCAGAGCACAUGGUUCCAGGAAGCCCCCACAUGACGAGCCCUACACACCCCUACCUGCGUGUGUGGCAUGUAUACACCUGUGGGGCUGAUCGAAGUGUGAGUGUUUUCCUCGGUACACCGGCUUCAGGUGUGUUUUUCGUCAGUAUUAAGAAUACUCCUUUCACAGGACGGUUUGUACCGAGGCUCUUCAACCAAGCACAUUAUUGGAUGUAGUCUGAAGUGUCCGCUGCCAGACAGUCAGUUAUCCAGGAAAGGGGCGGAAGUGAUGCAAUAUUGAAGUUAAGUAUGGCUCCACAUCCUGCCACUCAAGCCAUCAUUGAUCUGUCAGCAGGAGCAUGUGGUGGGAUUGCAUGUGUGUUAAGUGGGCAGCCCUUUGAUACAGCCAAGGUGAAGAUGCAGACUUUCCCCGGCUUGUACAGAGGCUUUGUCCACUGCUUUGCCUCAGUCUAUAAACGGGUUGGACUGCGAGGGCUCUAUCAGGGCACCACGCCUGCCCUCAUAGCCAACAUUGCUGAAAACGCUGUGCUCUUCAUGAGCUACGGCUUCUGCCAGAAUGUUGUCCGCUUUGUUUCAGGACUGGACCGAUGCACAGAACUCAGUGAUGUUCAGAAGGCCUGCUCAGGCUCUGUCGCUUCUGUCUUCUCCUCUCUGUCUUUAUGCCCCACUGAAUUGGUUAAAUGUCGGCUGCAGGCCAUGCAUGAAAUGGAGGCGUCCGGCAAGAUCGCCAGUGGACAGAAAAGCACGGUGUGGUCUGUUGUGAAAAAUGUGUUACGGACAAACGGACCUCUGGGUUUCUAUCAGGGUCUCACCACCACUAUAGUCCGUGAGGUACCUGGAUACUUCUGCUUCUUUGGAGGAUAUGAACUCAGCCGCUCAAUGUUUGCCCAACACAUGGGCAGAGACAAAGAGCACAUAGGUGUUGUGCCCUUGAUGUUCAGUGGUGGUUUUGGUGGUGCCUGUCUGUGGUUGGUUGUGUACCCCAUAGACUGUGUGAAGUCUCGCAUCCAGGUUCUGUCUUUAGCUGGGAAACAGGAAGGCUUCCUCAAGACUCUUAUGGGGAUUUUACGAAAUGAGGGAGUGGCGCCACUGUAUUCCGGUUUGACCCCUACUAUGAUCCGAACAUUUCCUGCCAAUGGAGCUCUCUUUUUAGCCUAUGAAGUCAGUCGCAAGAUAAUGAUGCAACAGUUUGAACACUGA